GAGUGGAAUCGGUCGUAUCGGGUGGACGUACGCAUUGGCCGGUCGUUCUGGUGCUAAAAGUGGCCAGUUGGUGCCAUAAGGGUCCGUGAGUGUGACAAGGAGAGGGCAUCAUCUCCACUGGUAGUGUUAUUGGAUUACGGGAUGGUUGAAUGUGAAAUCAGCAGCAUCGUAGUCAUGUGUACAGUGUGAAAAAAUCAUCAGUUGCUCAGAGCAUUAUCCGGAAAGAGGCCAAGGAGGUUUGGAUGGUCCGUGCUAAGUGUCGAGUCAAAGAAGAUAUUAUUACUGAAAAAAGUGCAGUGAUUUUGCGAAGGAGAAGCGAAAAUAAAAGAACAGUGCCAAUCAAAAGAAGUUUUGUGUUGCUAAGCUGAUAUUAAAAAGGAUUAAGCCGAACAUCAAAAGAAUCAGCCCAAAAGACCAUCAAGCCAAACGGAGUAUAAAGUCUUUAUGCUGCGGCUUUUAUGAAGAUUGCUAUAUUUUGGUGCCUGAGUCUAAGGACGUUAUAUUAACGUCCUACUCAUGUAUAGUUGGCCGCAGCGAUGGCCAAACUAGAUUCAUCAUGUAUAGGUUUUAUAAUUAAUUUAUUUAUUUUUAUUAAUUUAAUUUUAAGUAGUAAUGCACAGCGUAGAACUUCCAGUAGUAGUAGGUCCGCAAUCCCAUCCAUUCUGGAAUCAAUUCCGCUGUUGCGACAUAAGCAUAUCGUUCCAUCAAGUAGCAGCACAACGGUCGCUACAAGCACCAUCGCGCAGCGCGGCGAUCAACGGCCCGUAGGCGAAGACGACGAACUGUUCUCCAGCGAAGAGCUGCUGCCCGGCCAAGAUGAUGACUCACGAGAUGUGCCUUAUCGUACAGUGGAUUAUUUCCAACGGCCGGGAAUGAUUAACAACCACAUCAAUUAUAAUAAAUACAAUUCGAUUUUUAUGAGCGCGACUUCCUUGCGGCACCACCGAAAGAAUGAAGAAGAGUUCAGGGCAUCGGAAUACAGUUCGUAUAAUCGACGAGUACCACAUAGGCCCGUCCAUCGUGUUCAUCCGUGCGAGCAGAGCAGUUGCUACCCGGCGACGGGCAAUCUGCUGAUCGGUCGCGAGAACCGCCUCGAAGCGACGUCGACGUGCGGUACGGAGCGGCCCGAGCGCUACUGCAUCGUGUCCCACCUCGAGGAGAAGAAAUGUUUCCUGUGCGACACCCGGCCCGAAACGGCCCAUAUACCGAUGAAGAACCACCGAGUCGGACAGAUCAUCUACAAGAAUCAACCGGGCACCCUGGAGCAAUCUUGGUGGCAAUCGGAGAACGGCAAGGAGAAUGUCACAAUCCAGCUGGAUCUGGAGGCGGAGUUUCACUUUACCCAUCUGAUCAUUGUGUUUGCAACGUUCCGGCCGGCAGCGAUGUUGAUUGAACGAUCGUACGAUUUCGGGAAAACAUGGCACGUUUAUCGGUACUUUGCGCACAACUGCCGAUCGGCAUUCCCGGGUGCACCAACGAUCGGCAAGAACAUAACCGAUGUGAUCUGUGAUCAUCGCUACUCGGGUGUCGAGCCAUCGAAGAACGGUGAAGUCAUCUAUCGAGUGCUGCCACCGAUGCACAUUGAGAACCCGUAUGCAGAACACGUGCAGAACAUGUUGAAAAUGACCAAUCUGCGAAUAAACUUCACGAGAUUACAUACCUUAGGUGACACACUGCUGGAUGACCGCCAAGAGAUUCAGGAGAAGUACUACUAUGCAAUUUCCAACAUGAUCGUGCGAGGUUCGUGUUCUUGCUAUGGGCAUGCUUCGAGGUGUCUUCCUUUGGAAGGAGUGAGAAACACCAUUGACAUGGUGCAUGGGCGUUGCGAAUGUACACACAAUACGAAGGGUUUGAACUGUGAGGAAUGUGAGGACUUUUUCAACGAUCUGCCAUGGAAGCCCGCGUUAGGAAAGCAGACGAAUGCCUGUAAAAAGUGUCACUGUAAUAAUCACGCUACAAGCUGCCAUUUUGACCAGGCGGUUUACGAACACUCGGGUCGUGUGAGCGGAGGGGUAUGCGAUAAUUGUCAGCACAACACUCAGGGUUACCACUGCGAGGAGUGCUCUCCAUUUUUCUAUCGAGAUCCUCUGGAGGAUAUCCAAAGUCCAUAUGUAUGUAAACCAUGCGAUUGUGAUCCGAGGGGAUCUCUGGAUGAUGGAAUAUGCGACUCGAUAGCCGAUGAGGAGAACGGGGUUGAAGCUGGGGCUUGUCACUGUAAGAAGAAUAUUAAUGGGCGGCGUUGCGAUCAGUGCAAGGAAGGAUUCUGGAACUUUGACGAGAGCAACCCGGAUGGAUGUCAAACUUGUUCGUGCAAUAUUCUCGGUACGGUGGACAAUGCUGGAUGUAAUGUGCACACCGGAGAGUGCAUUUGCAAACGGUUGGUCACUGGCCGCGAUUGUAACCAGUGUAUUCCGGAGACCUAUGGACUAUCGGAUAGUCACGAAGGUUGCACUAUGUGUAACUGCCAUCCGGGUGGGUCUUUAGAUAAUAAUUGCGAUGUCAUUACUGGGCAGUGCCGUUGUCGGCCACACAUGCAGGGAAGGGAUUGUAGCGAACCAAAGCAACAUUAUUUUAUUCCAACCUUGCACAAGGUUCUGGAGGCGGAAUUCCCUGGAACGAUUUGUGAUCAUCACUCUUCAGUUGGAAACUGCUCUGCAGUUAUUCGAGAACAUCCUCAUGGCUACCCACCAACAUGGACUGGUCCCGGAUUUAUCCGAGCUUAUGAAGGAACCGAGCUGAAAUUCACAGUUGACGAUAUUCCGAAAACAAUGAAUUACGACGUGAUUGUACGAUAUUCGCCACAAAUGAAAGGAGACUGGGAGGACAUUCGUACGACAGUUAUCCGACCUGACGAGUACGAUCCAGACGGUCCAUGUGCCAACUCACAUCCGGAAUACGAACGAGAAUUCCACACAAUAUUGUCCGAAUAUGAGACAAGUUCCGUGGCGUUGAAAGAUGUUUGUCUGGAAACUGGAAAAACGUACAAAUUUAUCGUAUCCUUCCUUAGACACGAUCCGCACAGGGACAACGGUGCGGCACAAAUUCUAAUCGAUUCGAUUGUGUUGGUUCCCAGAAUAGAAGUAACACCUAUUUUCCAUGGCUCACCGCAAGCUGAAGUCAGAUACCGCGAGUACGAGAACCUGGGGUGCAACCAAACGUAUUACGAUGUGAAUUACGACUCGGAAGCUCGGCCGGAGUGUAAGGAUCUACUCAACAUGGUCAGUGUUUUUGUGUUCAACGGAGCUACACCAUGUGAGUGUAACCCAACCGGAUCGACGACGAAGAAAUGCGAGGAAUUUGGCGGAUACUGUGCGUGCAAAACCAAUGUUGUUGGCCGACAGUGUGACAAAUGCGCGCCGGGUACGUACGGAUUCGGACCGGAGGGAUGUAAAGCAUGCGAUUGUAAUAGCAUUGGUUCGAAGGACAACGAUUGCGAUCUGGUGACCGGCCAGUGCAACUGUCACCCAAAUACCUACGGUCGGGAGUGCGAUCAGUGCCAACCUGGAUUCUGGAACUUCCCGAACUGUCAGAUGUGCGAAUGUAACGGACAUACGCCGACAUGUAAUUCCAAAACCGGAGAAUGCUUCCAGUGCCAGGACUUUACACAGGGCUGGAAGUGCGAUAGCUGCUUGGAUGGUUAUUACGGAAACCCACUGCUGGGUUCCGAAAUUGGUUGCCGUCCUUGCCGUUGCCCCGACACGAUUGCUUCUGGACACUCUUAUGCUAGGGAGUGCUUUUUGGAACCAAAAGCGAACGAUGUCGCUUGUUUGUGUGACGAAGGUUACGCCGGGGCAAAAUGUGAUGUCUGUGCUGACAAUUACUUCGGAAAUCCUGAACGGCCAGGAGGGGUAUGUCAAUCGUGCGACUGUAGCAAAAACGUCGACCUAAAUAAGCCGGGCAAUUGUGAUCCCAAAUCAGGGCAAUGUCUUCAAUGUUUAUACGAUACAGAGGGCGAUCAUUGCGAGUUCUGUCGGAAUGGAUUUUAUGGUAACGCUCUGGAACAGAAUUGCCGUUCUUGCGACUGUAAUGUGCUCGGGACGAACCAAACAGUUCAACAUUGCGAUCGGUUCACGGGACAAUGCCCGUGCUUAGCAAAUGUGCGUGGUCAACAUUGCGAGGAGUGUAUCGAGAACCACUGGAAGAUCGCAAGCGGAGAGGGAUGUGAGGCGUGUAGUUGCGAUCCAGUGGGAUCAGUUAACGAGCAAUGCAAUCCUUAUGAUGGGCAAUGUACUUGUAAGCAAGGUUUCGGCGGACGACAGUGCAAUCAAUGCGAGUCCAAUUUCUGGGGUAAUCCUAACGUUUAUUGCCAUGCUUGUGAUUGCAAUCCAUACGGAUCCGCUACUCACCAGUGUAAUCGCGAGACUGGGCAGUGCGUCUGUAACGCAGGCAUCGGCGGCUAUAAGUGCGACCAAUGUGCUCGUGGAUAUCUCGGAGAAGCUCCGUAUUGCGAACCAUGCGGGGAAUGUUUUGACAACUGGGAUAUGAUACUGGACGGUUUGAAAGAGGAAACAAAUCGCACGAUCGAAGAGGCCAAGGCCAUCAAAACUCUCGGAGCAACGGGCGCGUACAAGAAAGAGUUCGAUUCGAUGGGAAAGAAAAUCGACAUUAUUAAGGGACUGCUAACAAACACAAUUUCUGACCGCGAAAUAACCACUAUCGAUGAUCGGAUAGCACUGGUUCGAGAACAUUUGAAAACUUCACUACAAGCGCUAGAGGAAUCGGAAAAGCGCUUGCAAGAUACGGACGCAACAAUCAACUAUGCCAACAUUGAGAUUGAUAAUUUAAGAAAGCGUACCGAAGAAGUAAAGCAGUUGUCGGACUAUCUGAAGGACAAUGCGACCAAACUGCAGGAAGGAAACAUUGAAGGGGCGUUGAACUUGACGAGGGAUGCUUGGAAUCGGGUAACACUACUCGGUGAAACCAACAUGGAAAUCCAAGAGCUCAACGAUAAUGCCGAAAGGCAAUGCAAGCGAACAGAAGUUCUACUUAAGAAGCAACAGGAACAUUUCGAUUAUCUACAUGACACCAACGAGGCGUCAUUUUUGAAGUACCAAAACGAACUGGACAUGUUGAAUGCCAACAUUCCCGAUCUGAACGAACGAAUUUGCGACAAACGAGGAGACCCUUGUGACGAGUACUGCGGUGGAGCCGGAUGCAAUGCAUGUGGUGGAUUAACGUGCGAAAAGGGCGCAUUAACAAAAUCGGAGAAGGCACUACAGUAUGCUAAAAAGACCGAGCAGACUAUCAAGGAAAAGGAAGAACUGGCUGACGAUAUUUUGCGAUCGAUGUCCCAAGCAAAAACGAAUGCAUCGGAAGCAUUUAAGAAAGCCAAACGAGCACAUGACAAGGCGAAGAUGCAUUACAAUCAUACACAAUUACUGAUUGAUCAAGCCAGUAGCGUUGUUACGGCUUUGACCGACAUCAUCGAUAAUAAUACGGCUACCCCUGAGAAGAUUAAAGAUCUCGCAGAUAAGGUUAUGGACUAUACAUUGCAGCUAGAUCCUGAUCAGAUUCAAAAGUUAGCUGAGCAGAUCGACGAAGCGGUCUCACAUUUGGAAAACGUGGAAUCGAUCAUUCGCAGUACAGAACAUGAUCUGCAGAUUGUCGAAGAUCUUAAAGACAACACAUUUGCUACAAAGAACCGCGCCGAAAAGGUGUUGGAAGAGGCUAUCGAGGUGACUAAGGCUUUGGAUGACGCUGAUGAUGCUCAAAAGAAAGCUCGGCAGUCGAUCAAACGUGCCAAUGAGGACAUCCAAUCGGCCAAAAUCGAUCUCGAGGAGAUCGAUAAGGAAACGGACGAUGCUCACAAGCGUGCAAACGCCACUGCUUCGAAGGUAGAUGAAUUGAAGGCACGGCUCAACAGGCUGCACGUCAGUAACGUGCAAAAUGAUCAAGAUGCAGAAGAAAUAAUCAAACAAGCAGAGACCGUCAAGGAGUCGGCCAACAAUGCUCACGAUUUGGCUACACAGCUGAAAGACAACUACAAAUCCGCCAACGCAACGCUUACGGCAAGAUCUAAUGCUUCUGAAAGUGCACGAGAACGGGCUCAGAAUCUUCUGAAUCGGGCGUCCAAGAUCACCGUUGAAACAACUAAUCAGCUUAAAAAACUUCAAGAGCUGUACAAAACUUACGAAUCUAACCAGAACGAGCUAGGUUCCCUGGAGACGCACAUCCAGAGCUUAACCGAGCAAAUCAAUACAUCGCUGAACAAGAUUCAAGGCGAAGCCAAUCGCUACCGAACGUGUACGACGUAAAUGAAUGUGACAAACUUUUCAAGUUUAACUUAAAGGAAUAAAAAUUGUGUUCAGAAAUUUUGAUGAAAAUAUUACUAAGUGUACGCAGUAACUAUCAGCCUUUAUUCGUUCUGCUUUAGAAAUUGUAAGUUACACCUUACGAAAAAAAUCAAAGAAACAAAGAGAUUUCAAAAAAUCUGCAAAACAUAUGUUUAAUUUCAAAACGAAGGUAUAUUUUCAAAACAUGUAUUUCAAUUAUCUCAAUACUAAUGUUUAACACUGCACCAACAAACAUUCAAACAAUUAAACAACAAAAUCAAUGUGCCAAAUAAGUAACAUGAUAGACUAGAUCGCUUUCACAUAAAUUUACUUUUGUUCAAGUAUAUAAAUGUGUAGUUAACAGCAAUCGUAUUAAUCCACCCUUCAAAUAAUCAAAACCCGUGUAAAAUAACAAAAAAGCACAUUAUCAAUAUGCGAAAAAAUGCCAUACCUAUAACCAGUGGGUGGAACAUCGUAAAAAAUCUUCCAAAUGUGAAACAAUGUACUGAGGAAAAAAAUCCUCAAAACAGAUCAGAAAUAAAACGUCGACCCAUUUUUAUACGGUUUAAGAUAGAAGAAAUAAAAAAAAACAACAAUCCUUUUUUUGGGAACAAGUUCUGCCGGUAGUUAUAAAUUCUUAGAUAGUAGGCGAAGUUAACAAGAAACAAUCGCAUAGUAAUAAACAUUAAACAUUUCUAUUGCUAAUCAUAUGUAACCUCGUUUGAAAAUUAAAAUCUAAUUUUCUUAGUGUAAA